AUGGCCGACUCGGCUCUCAAGAAGAAGAAGCUCCCAUUCAAGCCCACGGCUCUGCGCAGAGCUGCUGCUUCCCCGGAUUCGACAGCCACGUCAAAGGACAGCAGCAAUGACGACCUCAAUCUGUUCAACCGCCGCAAGGAGAUGGAGCGCAUCCUGGCCGCCGAUCGUGAGAGGGAAGCUGCCAGGAAGCGCAGACAGAAGCAGUCCGAGGAACGCCGACGAUCGUCAGAAGCCGCGGCCGCGGCUGCCGCCACAAGGAGGUCGCUGUCCGACGACGAGCAGACCGAGUCACCCGCUGCCGAGGGGAAGCGAGAUGGCAAAUCCGAAGAUCGAGAUCCUGGAGUGCCGCCAUCGGCUCAACCGAACGACAAUGACGACGAGGAAUACGCGACGGCCAAGGAGGAUCAUAGCGCCAUCGAAAUCGUAACACCGCCCUCGUCGAAGCGCACUCAGACCGACUGCCUCUCAUCUUCGUCGAAACGAAGGCGCACAACACCGGCCAAUCAAACGAUGGGGUCGCCCUCGACACGUACCAGAUUCUCGACGCGUAAAGCAGCAGCAGCAGCGGCGGCGGCGGCGGCGGCGGCACCCAUCAUUUCGCUAGACUCGGAUGACGACGAAGACCCCUUCGCUACUGCUGCGCCGCCUCCGCCAAAGAACAGCACUGAUAGUCUCCGAGAAGCCGAGGACACCCAACCGACCGCCGGCGAUGACGACGAAGAGGACGAGUUCGCAGAGUACAUCCGCAAAGCCGAGAUGGAAAAGCGGAAGUUGGAGUCGCGCACAUCGGCAACCGACGACAGCGGCGUACUGUCUUCACGGCGCGCGGGUCGCGGCGGCGGCGGCACGACAAAGGUCGACUUGCUCGUUCAGAGCGCCAUCCCGGGGACGAAGAACUGCCUGAUAAAGGUGUUCCUCGACAGUCCACUCCUGCAGGUGCGCAACGCCUGGGUCGAGGCCCAGAGGCGUCAGCAGGCGGACAUCGGCGUGACCAACCCGUCGGACCUGAUCCUCACGUGGCGCCGCGGCAAGGUGUACAACUACUCGACGCUGUACAGCCUGGGCGUCCGACCGCUGGGCGACGGCAUCGUCGUCACCACCGACAGCCAUCACGGCAGCGGCCGAUCGGCGGGGCCAGCCUCGGGUCUGGGCGCGCACCCGUCUCAGGUGCACAUGGAGGUCUGGACGGCCGACAUGUUCCAGCGGUGGGAGGACGAGAAGGAGAGGCAGCUCCGGAGGGAAGAGCAGGACGGGUACGACGACGACGACGACGACGACGACGAGGAAGGCACGGCGGCGGCAGGUGGUGGUGGCGGCUACGACGCGACGCGGGCAUCGCCGCCGCCGCAGGAGACCAAGAUCAAGGUCGUCCUCAAGGCGAAGGAGCUCGACGACCUGGGAUUCACGGUGCGGCCGGAGACGACGGCGGAAACCCUCGUCACGGCAUUCAGGGCCGCCAGGGGUCUCGGACCAGACAAGGCCGUCAGUCUGUGGUUCGACGGCGACAUGCUCGACGAGCACACAACCAUGGACGAGGCUGGCAUCGACGACAUGGAUACCAUCGAGGUUCACGUUAAACCUACUUAG